AUGCUCAAAUCCAUCCUCAUCAAUUUAUGUGUUCUGGGCUUCCUCAGCUGCACCCUCGCCAUACCUAGCAAAUUAGGCCAGCGAGACAAUACGAUCGCACAGCGGGACGCUAGAUUUGUGGAAUUCACCACUCGAAAGUUGACCGACGGCAACCCGGGCGAGAAGAACACGGAAAACUCCAAUUACGAACAGAUUGCAGAGGGAUGGUAG